UGAUGUUUUUUUUUUUUGAUGAAUGCAGAUGAAAAUCUCUCCCGCCCACCAGGUUAUUUGCAUCCACAGACACCUGUGAGGUAUUUUAGGCACGCGGAACAUGAGCUGACUCACAGACGGCCCCGCGGUUCAACAAUGGAGGGCCCUCAACCAGGCGAGAGUCCAGACAAUGAAUACAUGGCAAUGGAUCCUGACCAGUGGGAAGACCAAGAUGACACAUAUGAAAACGGAGACACUCUUGGUAUUGAUGUAGGACGAAGAGAGGUUGUGCCGGUGCCAAGAGGAGCCACUCACCCGGCUAGCAGGGCCUCCCAGCAAAGUAAUGACACUUCCAACCGACCACAGAUCAACAGUCUGCCUCUCCCUAGAAGGUACAUGACUUUAAGAUGGCCUCUCCCGAAUGGAAACACAGCAUCGCCGAAAACAGAGCAAUUAGUGUUCUUCCAGAGAACCACGUUGGGGCUGGCCUUGCUGUGCCUACUGUUGGUUGCAGUAGUGCUCGGUCUGAGCGUUGUUUAUAACAUACUCGCAGGACUCCGCAUCAAGCCAAUACAGGAAAACCAGAAACUGCUUGAAGAAAUCGGCUCGUGGUGUACAGUAAAAUACUACGUGUCUAAUACUGAGAACCAAACCUCUCGUUCAGAGCUGUAUGUAAUGAACUGUGGAAUAUUUAAGAAGCACAUGACUGAAAAAUCAUUUGUCCUUUCUUACACUGACUUGGAAAACAACACAUGCAAAAACUGGAACUGCGAUUGUUGAUUUAUGGACGAUGGAGAACAGGAUUCAACCACACUCUGUAUAUGCUUUGUAUUCAAAAUAACACUGAUCAAUAUCAUAUAGUUACGACAUUCUCUACAUGAUAAGAUAUAUUUACGUUUUUGUAAUUUAAGAAUAGAUUAUGUUUAUUUUUGUUGUUCGUUUUAAUAUUGUAUGUUUAUACUUGUUUAAACACACAUGUUGUCAAAGCUGGCAUGUGAGAGUUUCUGAUGACAUAAUGUGCUUGAGUUAAAAAAAAAAAAAACAUGUUUCCAAUGCUAUUUCCUAUGCACAAAAGUCUGAAACACAAAUAUAUAACAUGGACUGAUUACUGUUAUCUAAAACAGAAAAUGACCACUUUUUCUGCUCAUUGAACUGAAUGUAAGACAUUUUGGUAACACUUUAUUUGACUGUGUGCAUAAGACUGAUAUGACACUGUCAUA